AUGCGACUUCUUCUCAGUCAACCGUUCCACUGUCUUUUGGCUUUGGCAGCGACGGCUUCUGCGUCGUCUUCUGUCGAUUACACCCAGUAUGUAAAUGCUCUGAUGGGGUCAGAAGGCCCGUUUCCGGGCAAAGGCUACGGAGGAGGCGACAUCUUCGUGGGAGGUGCGCGACCCUUUGGAAUGGUCAAAAUGGGAAUAGACACGACGGCCGCAAACUGGAGCAUUGCGGUGCUGAACGGUGGAUGGACGCCUGAUGGCAAUGUGACAGCGAUCACUAUGAUGCAUGAAAGCGGGACAGGAGGUUCUCCGAAAUAUGGGCUCAUUCCGCAGAUGCCUCUGACCAGUGUGUCGCCGCCAGUUAAUAUUCUGGAUAAUCUCACGUACAGUCAGCCCCGACUCGGUCAGGAUACGGCCAGUGUAGGCUAUUACAAGACCCAGCUGCAGAACGGCGUUCAGAUAGAGCUUUCUGCGUCCAGUCACGCCGGUAUUGUUCACUACUCGUUUCCUCGAGGCGAGAAGCAUGUGCUUGUGGAUGUCUCUCAUUAUCUGCCCGCUAAGCCUGGAGCCACGAAUGGCCAGUACUAUGUUGGCGGAGAGAUCAAAGUCGAAGACCACGGUAGGGCUUACAGCGGAUAUGGGACGUACAUGGGCGGAUGGAACAAUGGAGCUCCCUUCACGGUCUAUUUUUACGGAGAAUUCUCCGAAAAGCCUACAAUGGCUCGGACCUUCACUGGAGUAAAUACAGAGCCGAUAGCACGAUAUCAGACUUUCGUUGGUGAUAUAGGAGAGCCAAUAUACGGUAACGUAUCGGAUAAGGCAACAUCGGGGCCCAUGAAUGAGCGUGUUGGCGCUCUUUUUAGCUGGGACGAGAAGGCAAAACCGGAGAUCACCUCACGAAUUGGUAUCUCCCUGAUAUCGUCCGAAAGGGCUCGGUCGUAUAUCAGGUCCGAGAUCCCCUCGUGGAGACUCAGUGACACCGUCAAAGACUCCGUUGAGCAAUGGAAUAAGGAGGUCCUCGGCAAGAUCCAGGUGCCACUCGACAAUACUGCGAACAUGACCCACGUGCGGCUGCUCUACAGCUCCCUGUAUUUUAUGCAUCUGAUGCCCUCUGACCGGACUGGGGAGAAUCCGCUCUGGCAGUCGGAGGAGCCGUUAUGGGAUGACUUUUAUACGAUGUGGGACAUCUUCCGCUGCACUGUGAGCUUCUAUCAUAUCUUCCAGCCUACCUAUUAUGAAUCCAUGAUCCGAGGUCUCAUUGACAUAUGGAGACAUCAAGGCUUCCUACCCGACGGGCGCUCAGGCAACUAUAACGGACUGGUACAAGGCGGCUCUAACGCUGACAAUGUCCUUGCCGAUGCGUACGUCAAAGGAUUGCGUGGCGCAAUUAACUGGACAGACGGGUACGCAGCGAUGAAGACGGACGCUGAAGUUAUUCCGUACAAUACCUUUGAUCCUAAGGAUCUAUCUGCGAGCACCAAGGAGGGCCGAGGGGCUUUGGGAGACUGGCUUGAGCUGGGCUAUGUCUCUCAGGAUCGGAACACACGCUGCAUCUCGCGGACUGUCGAGUACAGUUUGAAUGACUUUGCCUUGAGCCAGGUGGCCAGCGGGGAGAUGCCCGGUGAUCGGGAAAAGUAUCUGAAUAGGUCGGCGGGAUGGCAACAGCUUUGGAAUCCAGAGGUGGAGAGCUUGAACUUCACUGGAUUUUUAGUCCCGAAGUUUUCGAACGGCACAUUCAACAAUAGCGGAUAUGACCCAAUGUAUUGCUACGAGUGCGAGUGGCAUUCGUAUAGUUAUGAAGGUGUACCAUGGGAGUACUCCUUCGUGAUUCCGCAUGACAUGGAGACUUUGAUCGACUUCAUGGGCGGACCAGACACUUUUGAAGCCCGGCUAGACACUAUGUUCAAACCCAAUCUGUCAGUUCAGAAUCUUGGUGCAAACGGCGCGGGCAUAACGACUCUGAUGAAUAUCGGGAAUGAGCCCGAUUUUGCAACACCGUAUCUCUACAACUAUAUCAACAAACAAGCGAAGAGCGUCCAAAUGUCCCGUAGCCUGGGACUGCAAUACUUCAAGGACGCUGCCUACGGAGUGCCCGGAAACAGUGAUGCAGGCGCCAUGAACUCCUGGCUUGUGUGGCAGAUGCUUGGCAUCUACCCAGUGGUCACCCAACCGGUCUACCUGAUCUCGUCGCCCUGGUUCCCUGACCUGAACAUGACAGUCAACGGGAACCAGACGCUGAGGAUUAAAGCGACGGGAUUAAACCAGGGCUAUUAUGUGCAAAGCGUCAAGAUCAAUGGGAAAGAGUGGACAAAGAACUGGUUCGAGCACGACGAUCUCAUGGUACAGGGCGGGAUCAUUGAGUUUGAACUAGGGGCUGAGAUGAAGGACUGGGAGACGGGUAGUGUGCCACCGUCGCCGGGACAUGUCCAGUUGUAA